UAACCCAUAUCUUGUAUAAAUAGUCUUUCUGGAUGGGGAAAUUUAUCAUUCAAACUGUGAAUCUCCUUGGAAGAACACCCAGUAUUCUAUCUUCAAGUAUUCGUACUUUCAUAAAAAGACAAAAUGCAGUUCCUCUACAUUUUACCCGCGGUCUUUCUCGCUGUUGCCGCCCAAGAGUUCUAUGCACCACAAGUGGUAGUAGUUGAUACUUACCCAGAGUGGUACGUGCAAAGUCAUCCGAGAGAGCGUCGUGAUGUUACCCUGGACAGGAAGAUCGGAGAUGGCCGUGUGUUCGGAACUCUUGGACAAAAUGACGCCGGAUUAUUUGGCAAAGGCGGUUACGAGCACCAAAUCUUUAACGACAACCGCGGCAAACUGAACGGUCAAGUGUACGGAACACGUGUACUGGGCGCCGCAGGGGACUCAUCGCACUUCGGUGGCGGCCUCAACUGGCAGAACCCUAACGCAGCUGCCUCGCUUGAUAUCAGCCGGCAGAUCCAUGGUGGCACUUCUUACCAAGCAGCGGCUGGUGGAAAGUGGCCAGUCGGCAAGAACGGUGACUUCUCUCUCCAAGGCACGUACGGACGCCAACACGGCUUACCACGCCAAUAUGGUGGGAUGGCCAACUUCAACUACCGUUGGUGAAUGGCCACCAAGCUACCACCAAGCUACCACCAAUGUUGUGUUUAAUAUACCUAGUGUAAACAGUAUUCCGUAAUAAUUAAACUCUACUUAAGGCCUACUUCGCAUACUUACGCUUCUUUACAAAAUAAUUCUUGAAUAUUCUGUGUUUUGUAAAAUAUUCCAAAACGUUUGUCUAUAGGUAUUCACUGAUUGUAUAUAGCUACUGAUCUGAUUGUAAAUAGUAUUGGAAUAAAGUAUUGUUAUCUAGAUAA